AGAAUCCGAACGAGCCAAAAGUGCUCUUCAAGUACCCCGGUUCCCAAAGCACGACGCCUGAUAACUCCAUCUUCCUCCCUCCUAACCCCCGUAUUACAUAUUUUCUUUCCUUCAAUUCGCCUGCCCUCCAGCAUGCGGCCGCAGUUGUAUCGUGCGGCCGCCCGGUCUCUCCGGGUCCCAAAGGUCAACAAUUAUCCUAGGACCUUUGUUUCGACAACCCCUCGCUCUGCUGAGGUGGAAUUGACAAUUGAUGGAAAGAAGGUCUCUGUAGAAGCCGGUUCGGCCCUUAUCCAGGCCUGUGAGAAAGCAGGCGUGACGAUUCCAAGAUAUUGCUAUCAUGAAAAACUGUUAAUCGCAGGCAACUGCCGUAUGUGUCUGGUGGAAGUCGAACGUGCUCCUAAGCCCGUGGCAUCAUGCGCCUGGCCUGUACAGCCUGGAAUGAACGUCAAGACCGACUCGCCCCUUGUGCAUAAAGCGAGAGAGGGUGUUAUGGAAUUCCUCCUCGGAAACCAUCCUCUUGACUGUCCUAUCUGCGACCAGGGUGGAGAAUGUGACCUGCAAGACCAGUCCAUGCGCUAUGGUGCCGAUCGGGGGCGUUUCCAUGAGGUUGGUGGCAAGCGUGCUGUUGAAGACAAAAACAUUGGCCCCCUGGUAAAGACGUCUAUGAAUCGGUGUAUCCAUUGCACCCGCUGCGUUCGAUUCAUGAACGAUGUUGCAGGCGCCCCGGAACUCGGAACAACCGGCAGAGGAAACGACAUGCAAAUUGGAACUUAUCUGGAACAGAACCUCAACUCUGAGCUCUCUGGCAAUAUCGUCGAUCUCUGUCCUGUCGGUGCCCUGACAUCAAAGCCUUAUGCUUUCCGUGCUCGCCCUUGGGAAUUGAAACACACUGAAUCGGUUGAUGUCCACGACGCCCUGGGAUCUAACAUCAGGAUAGACACCAGAGGCAUGGAAGUCAUGCGCAUACUUCCAAGGCUGAAUGAUGAUAUCAAUGAAGAGUGGAUCAAUGACAAGUCCCGAUUUGCUUGCGACGGCUUGAAGACUCAGAGACUAACCACACCCCUGAUCCGAAGGGAUGGCAAGUUCGUCCCAGCAACAUGGGAACAAGCCUUGACUGAUAUUUCUUCGAACUACCAAAAGUCACAGCCGGGAGAAAACGAAGUGAAAGCCAUUGCUGGACACCUGGUAGAUGCGGAAUCCCUCGUGGCCAUGAAAGAUCUUCUCAACAAACUUGGCUCGGAUAACUUAGCUCUGGACCAAGCAGGUGGCGGAUCACCCAUUGCCCAUGGCAUUGAUGUUCGCGCAAACUACCUUUUCAAUUCUAAGAUUUACGGAAUUGAGGAGGCCGAUGCUAUCCUUUUAGUUGCAACAAAUCCACGCCACGAAGCCUCUGUCCUUAACGCACGCAUCCGCAAGCAAUACCUUCGCUCUGACCUUGAGGUCGGAUUAGUAGGGGAAGAGUUUGACAGCACCUUUGAAUACGAACACCUUGGCGCCGAUGUUUCUGCUCUGAAGGCCGCUCUUUCCGGUAAAUUCGGCGAAAAACUUGCUUCGGCUAAGCGACCCAUGAUUAUUGUUGGCAGUGCUGCGACCGAGCACCAGGACGCGAAGGCGAUAUACGAGACCGUCGGUAGUUUCGCGGAGAAACACUCGAACAACUUCAACACCCCAGAAUGGCAAGGAUACAACGUUCUUCAGCGUGCUGCUUCACGUGCUGCUGCCUUUGAGGUUGGAUUCACUACACCAUCUCCCGAGGUCGCCCAGACGAAGCCUAAGAUUGUCUGGCUUCUUGGAGCCGACGAAGUUAGCCCGAGUGAUCUUCCUAGCGAUGCGUUUGUCAUCUACCAAGGGCACCAUGGUGAUCGCGGUGCUCAACUGGCUGAUGUUGUUCUUCCCGGAGCGGCCUACACUGAGAAAUCAGGCACUUACAUUAACACUGAAGGUCGUGUGCAAGUCACUCGCGCGGCCACUUCUUUGCCCGGUGCCGCACGGGAUGAUUGGAAAAUCAUCCGCGCCGUCAGUGAGUUCCUGGGUGCGCCGCUUCCUUAUGAUGACAUCGAAGCUCUUCGCGAUCGAAUGGAGGAGAUUAGUCCCGUCAUGCGCAGAUAUGAUGUCGUCGAGCCAACCUCGUUGAGCUCAUUGAGCAAGGUCCAGUUGGUCGACCAGAACAAGGGCAUCAAGCCGACUGAAACACCUUUCAAGAAAAUCAUUGAAGACUUUUACUUUACUGAUUCUAUCUCCCGAAGCUCGCCCACCAUGGCUCGCUGUUCCGCCGCUAAGGCUACUGGCAACCCAGAAACGAACUUUAUGGCUGCUGGUGAAAUGUCUCCACAAGCUUUGUAUGGUUAAAUCUUGAAACCCCCAAGUGGCUCUGGUCCCUUGGUAUGUGCUAGUUAUCAAUUGGUCUAGGCGUUGUUGUUUUAACACCUAUUCUCCGGCCCCUUUUUUACUCCUGUUUUCUUUGCCUCCCUUUUCCCUUGUUAUCAGUAUUACUAUUUUCUUUUUUUUUUACCUUCCCCCCCUCCUUUUUUCAUUACCGUCAGUUAUUGUCUUCGCUAUCUCGUUGCCAUGUGCUCUAACCGCCCUCUGGUAAAAUAUGAGACAUGAUUAGUGGCCAAAUCUGUACAUAACAUUCAGUUAAAACCAGUUCCAGGGGUAUGCGCAAGUUCCUUGAAUUUUUUUCAAAAUAAAAAAAGCUUGUUGAGGGGUCAAACCUUAGUCAAUAUGUACAUUUCGUCAUAGAGGGCGGCGCAUGGGUAUGUAACGUCCUCUCGAACAAGCUCAAUUCUUUUGCGGAGACAGUAUGGGCAAACUGUAAUACUGGGGAACCUGGCAACUCAUAGUUCAUCAUCGUCCGUCUCUCCUGCAGAUUCCGCAUUGCCUUGAGCACCUUUUCCGGGUGGCAUUAGCCCGGUGGCUGGAAGGCCAACCUGUGAAGGAGUCGCGGCACCGUCGUUAAAGGCAAGGUAAGCAGACGAAUUCCUAGCAUUCACGCCGUGCUGUUUCUCCACGCCAUCGUGGGCCGAUGACUCCCCGUCACCGACGCUGCCUUCUGUGCCCUCGUCCAUUUCUCUGGAGCUUUUCUCGUCCGAAGCGGAGUCCGUCUCCACUUCUUCAGAAACAGCUUUUCCUUCUGAUCCACUGUCUUCGGGGCCGCGAGGAUGACGCUUCCCCAGGGGUUUCUGCUGGGAACGGGCUUGAUGCUUGGGGGAGCUUGGCGUCUGGAUAUAUGGAUCUAAAAUGCCAUACACAAUCGAUAUUAGUCAGAUCUACUUACCGCCGAUAUCAUACGGAGUACAGUCAAGUCUUACCCGUUUCGGGGUCUGGUUCUGCGGUAUUCAGCAGUCUAUGUUGGUUGCGAAUCUUCAGCUUCUUCUCGUUUAGCAAACGGACAAGGUUUGCCAAUAAUCGUUCUUCAUGUUGCUCCUUGGCGGCAACUAAUUGCUGGAGUUGAUCGUUAAGCUGAUCAAUCAUAUGCUCAGCAGCGCAGGCACGAUCCUGGAGUGCACGGCAGCGUUGUUCAAGGGCAUUUGAACUAGCGAUCGCCAUACUACACCAAUCGAGAAGUUGGAUUUCUUGCUCAUCGUCUUGCAUUAGGGUCACGGAUCCAAGCCUUUGCUAUCAUUCAUUCGUUAACCAAAAGACGUCGCGUGUGGUGAUCUCCACGAGCACAUACAGUGAUUCCUUCUAUUCUCUUACGAAUGCUGAUGACCAACUCCUUGGGUGCGCUGCGAGACUCACAGAUCGUAGCUGACGAUUCGAUGCCAUGGAACGAUCUCAUGUCGCCAACAGACUCUGUGGCCUGCCCAAAGAUAUACCAGACAACUUGGGCCCAUUCCUCAUCACUGCCGUGGUAAUUCUUGGCACGUAAAUCCUUCAAGUGGGCUCGCCGGACUUCAGAGCCUUAGCGGUUGGGAACCAUGCAAACGUUUUGGCGGUAUACGACUUACCCGUCUGAGUAAAUGGAUUCUCUCCUUCUGUCGCAACUAGGUCUAGACUGGAAGCAAUGCGAUCGGAACUAGCAACACGAAGGAGCACGGAUGAUUCAGGGUGGUCAGAUCUGGGAAUGCGCAGGACACGCAUUCCCGAGUGAGACUCGGAGGGUGGCGGCACGGUAUUCAUAAUCUGCAAAUCGUGAUAAAGAAGAAAGAGAGUAAACUGAAAUGGGAGGGUAUCUAUAUAGAAAUCGCCACAAGAAUAGGCAACUAGCACCAACCGUUGCCUAGGUAGUACGGAGUAGUAGGUAGGCGGCUGUUCAUAGUUCGGACACAACAACGAUCUAUACCUUAAGGUACCUA